AUGCUGCAGCCCAAAUCGCACAGCACAUUGCUGCGGGCUAAUCAAGACGGAGGUGGCAUCUCAUCGUUGCCCGAUUGGUCGUGCCCUCCGCCGGGCCAGCAAGACAAGCUGCAAGGCCUUAGGAAGGCCUGGUCAGACUGGUUGGCCGCCAAGCAUGUUCCCCUUCGACUACGCAAGCAUGUGCAGGCCGGCUCCGAGGAGCCCCUGUUCACGCCUGCUGAAAUCACAGAGCUGCGGUCGCUGGCGUCAGCAUGGUUCGCAUCGCAAGGUGUUCAGGAUGUAUCUUGGGAAAUUCCGGAAUUCCAACCUUAUGCCUUAGCUGCUCUUCAGCACUUAGCGACAGUGCUGGAUGACCCCGACACUUCGCUCUGGCCCUGUUUGCUGGAGGGCGUCCCCACCGGCAUUGAUGCUAACAUACCUAAGUCAAAUGUGUUUAUCCCGGUGCAACAUGAUCGGCAGGAGCUUGUUGAAAAUUUGCACAUUUGCGCAGGUAACUGGAAACAGGCAGAAGAGCAGCCGGAAUUGCUGGCAGAAUUGGUGCAGAAGGAGGAAAGUGAAGGCUGGAUUUUCUCGAUGCCGGACCUAGCCUAG